AUGGAUGAAUGGGAGUUGAUAUUGACCUCUCAUUCAAUUCGAUCACUACCCUACGAAAUCGACAGCAUAGAAAAGAAGGAGGCCAAAGAAACUAAAGAAACCAAAGAAACUAAGGAAACCAAAGAAACCAAGGAAACCAAAGAAACCAAAGAAACCAAAGAAACCAAAGAAGCCAAAGAAACCAAAGAAACCAAAGAAACCAAAGAAACCAAAGAAACCAAAGAAACCAAAGAAAAACUAAAGAAACCAAAGAAAUCAAAGAAACCAAAAAACCAAAGAAACCAAAGAAGCCAAAGAAGCCAAAGAAACCAAAGAAACCAAAGAAACCAAAGAAACCAAAGAAACCAAAGAAACCAAAGAAACCAAAGAAACCAAAGAAACCAAAGAAACCAAAGAAACCAAAGAAACCAAAGAAACCAAAGAAGCCAAAGAAACCAAAGAAACCAAAGAAGCCAAAGAAAUCAAGGGGGCCAGAGAAAGCAAGGAAAUCACAGAAAACGAUGGAAAUAA